AUAUAAUUUACCUACUUUUUUCAAUGACAUCAAAAAAGAAUACCUUGUUAUCAUUUUUCACAAGCAAUAAAAAAAUUCGAAGAGAAAAUGAAAAUAACGAGACUGAAGUGAACUCACCAGUAAGAAAAAUUACAGAAGUAAACAAGUCUGCAUGUACCACAAAUUCUUUAGAAAGUUUUAGUGAGGCAUCGAAUUCACGAUUACAGCAAGUGCUAACUAAUCUAUGGGUACCAGAUGUUGAAUAUAAAUUCCCAUUGCUUGCAAAAAAUGAAAAACGUGGCUUAAGAUUUCAGCAUAAAUGGCUAAAAGAAUUUAAUUGGCUGGCGUAUUCAAAUGUCAAAAAUGGGACAUUCUGUAAAUACUGUGUACUGUUUGCAAAAAAUGGUGGUGUUGGAAGCCAGCCUUUGGGUAGCCUUGUUACUGUUGCUUUCAGCAACUGGAAGAAGGCAAAAGAGACUUUUCGGGCUCGUGGAAGUUUGAAAUAUCAUACAUUGUCUGUUCUAGACUCUGAACACUUUUUAAAAUAAUAGAAAAAAAGGAACUGUCU